UUGGCGGAAUACCCGGCAACUUCACCGGUCGAGUCGCCGAGUCGCGCAGGAUCGCAUUUUGCUUCUGCCUCCGCCGCAUCCCGCUGCCGCCCGCUGGCAGUCACGCCAGCGAGAAGAGAAGAGAACCCAUCGAUAGCUGCCUGGAGAAACAUCGCCGAGGUCUCAACGUCUCAACCGCAGGUUUCGCUCCAGCCCAGGAUGUUUUCUCGCACGGUGGUGGCGACGGCCGCCGUCGCGCUCGUCUUGGCCUGCGUCACGGACGUCACGGAGGGGGCGGAGGUGGGGCUGGGUUCGCCCGCCCCGGGCUUGGCCCCCAGGUCGCUGCUGUGCUACAUCGCGUCCUGGAACGGCAAGUUCCGCGCGCAGGACCUGAACCCCGACCUGUGCACCAUGACGGUGGCGUGCUACGGCCGCCUCGAGGAGAACGGCAGUCUGCGGGAAGGCUCCGGCCAGGAGGAAAUCCGCCUGCUGGAGGGUCUGAAGGCCCUCAAGACGACCAAGCGCUUCGACCUGGCCCUGUCCAUCGGCGGCUGGGCCGAGGGGUCCGAGCGUUUCAGCGCCAUGGCCGCCGACCCCGCCAUGAGGAGGACCUUCAUCGAGAGCGUCAUCAAGUUCGUCGACCGCUACGAUCUGAAGGGAGUGGAGGUGUCCUGGAUCGCCCCGACGCGCCGAGGGGGCAAGCCGACGGACAGGGCCAACUUCGUGACGCUGGUGACGGAGCUCUCCAGAGCGCUGCGCGCCCUGCCCACGCCGGUGAGGAUGGGGGUGGCGCUACCCGUCAUCAACGAGAACCUGGAGAACAAGGUGCUGGAGGCGUUCGACGUGACGGCCCUGGCGCCGCACGCCGACUGGAUGCUGGUGCAGGGCUACGACCUGCACGGCCACUGGGACUUCUUCACGGACGUCAACGCGCCGCUCUACUCCGUCAGGCCCAACGACAACGUCACCGUGUCCCACCUGCUGAAGGCGUUCCUGAGCGUGGCGCCCAGCCAGAGGCUCUUCCUGGGCAUGCCGGCCUUCGGGCGCACCUGGGUGCUGGCGGACUCCCCCGUCCCCGGCGGGCUGGGCGCGCGCACCGAGCUGGGGGCGCUGUUCAGUGACGCGGGCAUGCUCAGCUACCAACAGAUCUGCCAGGACUUCAAGAAGGACGAGGACGACGAGGACGAGAGGCAGUGGUCCAAGUCGUGGGACCCCGUGUCCAAGACGCCGUACGCGGUCACCAACACGCGAGAGCGGAGGGGCUUCGUGAGCUACGACGACCCCCAGAGCAUCCGCAUCAAGGUGAAGUUCGCCCAGGACUUCGGCAUGGGCGGCGCCGCGCUGUUCACCGUGGACAACGACGACUACUCCGGCCUGUGCGGCACGCCCUACCCGCUGACCCGGGCCGCGCAGUCCGCCCUGCAGGACUAGGCCCGGACCACGGCGACCACCACGACCACGACGACGAUGCACGAGGCCAGGACCAGGCCGAGGCAGGCUCGGCCGAACCACCGAACGCGCCGAUUGGAGCCUGGAGCUGCCGAUAAGAGCGCAGCGGCGGACCAGCCGUCGCUCUGUCUCUCUCGCACUCACUGGGCAUCCCGGGGGUGCGAGAGAGACGGUAUGCGCACGGAAACAGUCGGCGCACGCUGACUUCCCUGCAGAAAGAUUCGGCGCAUGUCAGCAACGUGUGCUGUCUCUCUCGCACUCUCUCGCGGCGCUCUGCGAGUGCGUCAGAGUGCGCGACAGAGACGCAAGAGUGUCGGAAUCAGUCUGCUGGCUGGAUAAAGCAACACCGCCUCAGUGUGCUGACGGGACAGACAGGCCUCCCGACUGCUGCUGCCUGAUGCCUGAUGCGACUCGAGGUGCGGGGGCUGCCUACUUCCGCGAAAAGGGCGCCCCCACCCCACCCCAAACAAACACUGCCGUAUCACUGGCAACGAAAUAAUCAACAACGUUGACGGCUUCGGGUUGGGACAGCUGACCCCUUCCGAGGACUUUCCUCGGCGUAGCGGUGCGAUGCGACUGUUUAUGGUGUGGUACAUCUCAUAUGACAAGAGCGCCGUCUCUUCCGAGAAAUGUGACGCCGUGCCGUCGCGAGCGAAGCGGCUAGUCAGUUUUGCGAUUUUCAUCUUUCGCCGUGCCAGCCGGACGCUGUCGGACGCUGCCAGAGCAAGCAACAACUGAAUUCUCGACGAGGACGAAAUGACUCGCUGUAAGACUGCUGAUGAAUGCCAAAAUAAAAGUCAUGUAGACUGGUGCGA